AUGGCGAAUUCAAGUCCUUGGGCCACCCCGCUGCUCUGGCUGGCCUCGGUGGCUACCGGCUCUGCACUAACGGUUGUGCUCUCGUCAGUCCUGGCCAAGCAGCUCGGCCGUACGGCCCACCGGCUUCGCCAGCUUGACAUUCGCGGCAUUGAACAGCUCAAUCCUUCGGCGCUGGCCGAGUUGGCCGCAAGUACUGGCCAUAGUGCCAAAUCUGCUCGAGAGGCCCUUCUCCUCCUCGCCACCAAGCCAGGCCAGAUAGAGUCGAUGGUUGAGCGCGUGCUCUGGCUCGCCCGCCAACUUGCGACCAAUCCCCUCGAGCGUGCGUACGGCGAUGGCGAUGACGAAGAGGAACUUGAGCCACGUGAAUUAGAGCUCCUGCAGACGAUAAUGGUAUUGGAGGACCUCAGUCAACACGUGCCCGCCGCGAAGAUCAUGUCUGACUUGGGUCUGAUUCAACUGCUGGCCCAACACCUUCCAUCCUGGGCCACCAAGUUACAGCAGCACGGGUUGAUUCUACUCUCGGUGCUAGCCGCCAUUGCCGAGGAUGGCGCCACGCAACUUGCUCAAAACGAAGCUUUUCGCAAAUGGCUUGUUGCAGAUUUGUCUGCUCGCCUUGGAGGCAGACUCAUCGUAUUUUGGCAGACGGUGCUCUAUCAUCUCAUCGUCACGAACCACGCCGAGCUCACCUCGCGCCAAGACCUCGUGCUUCUGCGCGAGCUCUCACUCGUAUUCUACGGUCAAACGGAGCUGCACCGCCAAGUAUUGCAUGCUCUUUUACGCGUGGCCACCAACGGUGAUCCGGCUGAUAACACGGCCCGCCUCGAUUCCAUCACCACGCCCCACCACCUGCGCAUGCUGGUUGGUUCCUUACGCAGCGAUGACCACGAUCAGGCCUAUUGGGCCCUUGGCAUCAUUUACGAGAUGACGUCGCACGGCGUGGCUAUUGCCCAAUUACAACGAAUGCCUAAGAUCAUGCAGGCCUUCCUAAACGUGCUCAAUGCCUUUGAGGCCACCAUUCAACGGGUCAUCCUGCGGGCCAUUGGAAGUUUGGCGCUGCGCAACUCUGACUUCAAGUGGCGCAUCCUUCACUCGGGUCUCGGCUUUCGCAUUUGCGAGUGCUUGACCUCGGGUGAUGAGGAUUUGGCCAACUGGGCUGUCGUGGUUGCUCAUGAUCUGACCAUGCUGGGCAAGGACGCUUGCCAUCAGCUCGUGGAACAUGGCCGUUUGAUCCGCGCCUUGGAAGAGCUCAUUCAAAAGCAAAACGAACAGACGAGCCGCCUGGCCGCGGAGACGUUGGGGUUCGUCUGCUCUCACCGCUCACUGCACCGCGAUUUGAUUCGGCAAGGCAUCAUCAAGCCCAUCCAUCGGCUCUUGGAGAGCGAAGACGAAGAACAGGUGUUUUGGGCCACGGCCAUGAUGCUGUCGCUUGUGAGCACACUGGCUUGUAAAAGUGCGCUGGCUGAUAACAGCACAGCAGACCUUUUGAUGCCCUGGGCCACGAAGGACGAGGUGCACCAAAUCACUGUCAUGGCUGUGCGUGUCCUGACUUCCUUGGCCUUUCAUCAACGCAACAUUGCGUUUCGUGUGGCCCAUGAAUUGUGCCCAGUGGUUCUGCAGCGCCUCAUCAGCCAGCCCGAGCCAGACGCAGACGAUAUCCAUCUCCUGGCCGUCCUCUGUCGUUCUGGCGGGUCACGCAGGCAGGUCUUUCACACACCACACGCCAUGGACCACCUGCUGGCUGCCAUCUGGCGCUACUGUACCUUUGACCCUGAGCGCUUGGUGGCUGAACCCGAGUCCGCCACGGCUGGAGGCUCUUUGCUUCGCGUACUCCACCAACUAGCAGCCGAUGCACGGUUAGCCCCGUCGCUCAAGGCCCAUGGCCUUUAUCAACUGCUUGGUGUCUUGCUUUGUGGGUUAGUGCGGCGUAAUUUGGUGCUGCGGCGCGACCUACGCGCCAUGCGUGGCUCUGUGCCCUCGGCGGGUCACGUGCCAGCCUCGUCGAUUGGCAGUUUUGCAGACGAGGACGACGACCUUUCAGAAAUUUCGGGAGUGGAGCACGUUGACUCUGAGGACGAUGUCGCGUCCCUUCCAGGUGAUGAUUUUGGCCUUCCUCGUCGCAAUAACUUCGAAGUCAAACCCCGUGGCUCCACCACCGUCGUAGACCUAGACAAUUGGGGCCCGGAUCUUGGGCCCCACCUCCCACAUUCUCCCCACUCUCCCUCUCCAAGCGCAGCACAGGAUGAGGGCCCUGGUUUGUUUGUCUCACCUGCUGAGCGCAUGUCGCUCCUUCAACUGGGUCAGACUACGGCCAACGAACUUCCGACUCGUUCCGUGGAGCAGCGCCCUCGUCGCCUCUCCCGUUUGCGUGGCAACGGCGAACAACAGAGCGACCAUGCAUCCCCUGAGCCGUUAUCAAUGUCGUCGUCACCACAACCACCACCGGCACCGUUGGAAGAGACAUCCGCUACUUCAAUAGAGGGUUUUGUUGUUGCUGAUCAGCUUCAAGCGCCAAAUUCGAGCACUCCCAAGCGCAGUCGUCCACUACGCUCUUCCGGUCCGGUGGCAAAUGACCCUUCGUAUCUGGAGGACGAGCCUGGCGUCCCUACCACCCCUCUGCUCACGCGCCGACAGCCUUGGCUGCAGUCUGAGCACGACUCGAGCCUUGACAACUUUACUCUCAACAUUGCCCCGAUUCCAGCCCGGCGCCCUGUCGUGAAUCCUGGCGUGCAUCGCUUUCCAUUGAUGCAGUCCGAUCCGGCGCCGACUCCGCCUCGCACCGCCCGUUCAGCGUCAGCAGGCGACAUUCAAUUGGAGGCACCUGUGCCUCGUGCACCUCUCCAUCGGGAAACGAGAUCGCCCCGAACUUUGCCUGAGCCAGCGCCUGCCCGAGGUGCCCGCUCUUCCGAUUCAGGAGAACUUGGCUCCGUGUUUGAUGACACGCCCGAGUCGGGUCGCCUGUUAAAUGUAGCGUCUGCCCCCGUGCCCAUUCUAAAUUCCGCUUCUGCCCCAGCUACUGCCGGACUAACACCACCGGAGCGGACCGAUCCAGUAUUGGGGGACCCCUUGGUCUCUCCGCUACUUGCACGACGCUCAUCCAUGAGCCUGCAAGCAGCCAUGCCAACCCAUGCCGCUGCUGAGGCCGUUGUGGAUGCGGAAGCUGGAGUCCUACCAGCUUCGGAUCGAGAACGUACGAGCCAGUCUGCAGAAGUACCGCCUGUAGCUGCUUUGCUCGAACAGGACGAUGCCCUCUCGCAACGUCACAGACAGCCCUCUGCGUCAUCCAGCGAGGCCGUGCGCUCCGUUGACGAUCAAUCUGUCCGCAGUUUGGCCUCGUCACUCUCGGCGAACCAGAACGAGGUCGCUUCAGACGCAGCCCGGUCCGAUGCACAUCACCCAUCUGGGUCUGAGCUUGAACAAGCGCAGCCUUCCUCCCGCACGGCGUCGACUCAGUCAAGCACCUUCCGGCUCUCUCGCACGGCACCAUCUCCGCUUGAACCGAUCUCGGGCGGGGAUAACUGGCCGGCCAUGGUGGAGGACGAAGACAGAGAAAUAGAGGAGCCAGAGGAGGACGAUGAUCCUAAUGGCCCUCAAGAUUUUGAAUUUGAGCAGGAUGACGAUGACAACGACGAUGGUCUCUUUGAAGCAUCUUCUGACACGGGUGUUGCAGGUAUUUCCACCGCGAAUGGCAGCCAUUUUGUGCUGCCUGACGUUCAUUUGCCCCGAAGGCCGUCUCGCAUGAGUGACGUUAGCGUGGCCAACAGCGACACAACGCAGCCGGAUACUGAGAGUCCAGAGGAGAGCGAUGGCGAGCGUGGCCGUGUUUUUCAUCAACGGUUGAACGCAACACGCCCCAUGACGCGGCUCAGAUCUGUGACAUUUGCACACAACGUGGAUGAACGCGUGCUUUCUCCACUGGUGGAAAACUCUGAUCAUGACUCAAGCCGUGGGCGCCUCAGCGCGCCCUCCACGCCACAAAGCUAUGCGCAGCAUCGCAGCCGCAGUGCACCUUCGCUGCGGCGCAGUGCUCCCUCUACGCCCGCGGCCGAAACAGCCGAGCAAGUGUUUGCUUUGGCCUCGCAGGGCACCCAUAACGACUUGAUGCAUGCCAUGGUAUCUGCUGCUCAGGAUUCUGGGCGCCCAGCCCGUCGCUCAGCCGACGACACGAGCGCCAUUCGUCGGCCGCCGCCGCAAUUACGGCCACGUGCUUAUACCACCGGCGCCGAUUCAUCGCAUCGCAUUUUUACAUUUGACAACGCCUCGCGCCGCGAUCUUGAUGAUGGCUUGGAGGCAUUCUCGCCGGCCCGCAGUCUGCUCGAAUCACAGGCUUCCUUUUCAGCGCUCGCCACAGAGCGCCCAGUGCCGCGAGCCGUAUCCAAUGGGCGUAUGGCAUCGCAAGAAUCCUUGACCACAGCCGAGCCACUCGAUCAAUCGGACGGGUUGCUGCGCCUGCGUCUAGAUGCAACAGCCGCGGCACAGUCUCGUUUGGGCUAUGCCGGCCGCUUGAAUAACCGUGAGGCCACAUUGAGCUUCCAAGAGAUGGCCGAGGAUGACCAGGAAUUGUCUCCCUUGACAGCCCAUGCUGAUAAUCUCGAGGCUUCUCAACUCGAGCUUGAGCAGCUCGAACACUCUAUCGUCAGCACGAUGAAUCGGAGCCUGGAGCCCAACAUGACCGUUGAAGCGAGCAUUUGUCAAGAUACCACCGACAAGAAUGGGUCUAUUCUAGGCCUGUUUCAAGAAAGCGAUGAUGCGCAAGAGAUUCAAUCCCAUCUUGACGCCAUGCAGCGUGCCAUGUUGUACGGUGACAUUAUGACGAGCUACCUGGACAUUCUGGUCGUGUCAUUAGCAAGCCUGUAUCAUCAUGAUGAUGAACUCAAGGAUGAGACGCGCUUGAGCGAUGAAAUACAUGGCACGGCCUCCCUCUUGUGGAUGGCCUUGUUGGCUGUUCCCAGCCCAUCUACGGCAUUCAACGUGGCCACUUGCCUCAACCUUCACGCUCGCGAGGUGUACAAGCUCAUGCUAAACCGACGCACGUCUGCCCGAGGCACGCCGAAGCGGGGUAGCGUGGCACACCGAGGCUCACAGAGCUCCACUCUCGCUGCGUUCAUCCCGUACCUCUCAUCGAACAUGAGCACGAGUCAUUUGCUGUGGGAUCACGGAACAUUGACGGCACGCAAUGAUUUUUGGACGUAUGAAACAGCGGUGCUAGACGGUGCUGCCCACUCUUCCGGCAUCUGGGCGUUUGGCGUUCGCCUUGAAUCUAGCAGUGUAACUCAGAUUGGCUGGUGCACUAGUGGGGCUCGCUUCCACGCGCGAGAUGCUUGUGGAGUCGGUGAUACUCGUGACUCAUAUAGCUUCGACGGCGAGAGGCUUCGAAUCUGGCACGAUGGACGCGAGCAACUGAUUGGCGGGAAUCUGUCUUACGGGCGUGCCUGGAGUGCCGGGGACGUUGUUGUAGCCAUCUUGGACUUGGACGCGGGGACAAUGGCGUUUCAGGUGAACAAUGAGUACCUGGGCAUCGCAAUUCGAGGCAUCAACAAGUACAAGCGUUGGCAUCCGUGUGCCUCCUUGGCAACGGGCGAAGAGGCACACUUUCUCUUUGAACAUGCCUGGUUCCCAAAGGAGGCACGCCCUUGGGAUCAAGCGCUCAAUCUCGCGCCCCGGCCGCCUCAGUUGGAGGAGCGUGUGCCCCUGACUUUGCGCGAAAUGCCACUGCUGGUUGCCCCAGUCACCCUUUCAGCCGCCGAUCUUGUCAUGUACUUUGAGGCGACGCAUGUGGCCGGAGAGACAGUUAGCUGGCUCGGCUAUGCCGAUGACGUUGGCGAUGCUUGUGGCGUGACGGUUGAUUGGAGCAGGGGUUUAGUCCAAUGUGGGCCGACCAUUUUGUGGUCCCGGGAUGGCAUCGGUCUUCCCGCCCAUGUGUGCCAAUCCAGUCAAAAAGCACUUGAGGUAGUUGGCAUCGGUUUGACAACUUCAUGCCAGGUCAUGCUCACCGUCAAUGGCCAUGCGCUAGACGAGUGCAUUGAGGCAGUGCCAGAUGCUUUGCUGGAACGAUACUCCCCGACACGCAUGUUAUGGCCCGCAUCGAGCACAUCGUUGUGCUUGAACUUCGGACAAUCAUCCUUUGCAUACGGUGCAGCCGAAGCCGCUGCUAUUCGAGCCGUGAUGAUUAAGCGACUCCUGGGCCAGGGGGUCCGCCUGUUGCGUGAUCCCACUGCUGAAUCUUGA